GCUAACGGGAAUGUAGGAUAUUGGAUUUAGAUUUUGCUCUAUAAAAUAUAACCGCUGGUAAAGGACUGAUUGUUGCUGCUUAGCAUGAAGUGCCGCGAAUCGUACACGAAAUGGUUCAGAACGAGACAACGCAUAUAACGGUUAUUCUUUAAGAAAAAUCGGCCUGGUUUCGCUGUAGGAGGAGCAGUAAUCUACAAACGCUUUGCAGAAGCCUCUGCCUCUUGUGGAGACCAGCAUCUGAAUAUUUCCUGGACGGACAGGAUGUCUAUCAUGGAUCAUAGCCCCACCACUGGAGUUGUGACAAUCAUUGUAAUACUCAUUGCCGUUGCUGCACUAGGGGCGUUAAUUCUUGGCUGUUGGUGCUACUUGCGACUGCAGCGUAUCGGCCAGUCUGAAGAUGAAGAAAGCAUUGUCGGUGAAGGUGAAACCAAGGAGCCCUUCUUGCUGGUACAGUAUUCAGCCAAGGGCCCACGGGUGGAGCACAAGACCAAGCUCACCCCUAACGGCACAGAGAGCCACACCUAAUCUCUCUUCAAUCCAAAAUGUGUGGUGGACCAUGUUCAGGCUCUUUCAAGUCUAAUGAUUUCAAAACGUCACAUUAUUAUGCAGUACUGACGUUAAAAUCCAUUUGAAAUGGCGCUAGAACUUCAUCUUAUAAACAAGCUGAUAAAUGAUGACAAAACUAGUGCAUGCAGUUGUCUACUUUGUUGCUUUGAGUAAUGACCAUUGAUUGUUUUCACCCCUUUUGUGGUGGUCCGGUAUAGAGCCCUAUUAUAAUGUGAAAUUGACGAUUGUCUGCAUUUGUUGUCAUAUGCAAUGCUAUUUAUCUGUAAAUCUAUAGCUGAUUUCUGAAGCAAAACCAAGAAAGAUGGUUUUAUGUGGGGGUUUUUUUUUUAUUGUUGUUGUUGUUUUUUUUACCUCAACUGCUUUCAUCCAGAGCUGGCUCUGGUAUUAAGAAGGUCAAUACACAUUUUCAUUUCAUUGACCAUUUCAAAACGAUGGUUAAAGCUUUCGAUCAUUUUAAAGCUUUUUAACCACUUAACAUUGUUUUAUUUUUAAUAGAAGCACACCAAGAUGCCAUAAAUGGGUGACUCACAAAAUCUGUCAAGAAAUGUCCUGGUCAUAUGUAAACCCAAAUCAAUACAAAAAUCAAUAUCUUUUUAGGACCUUUAUAGGCAUAGUUUACCCAAAAAUGAAAAUUCUCUCAUCAUUUCUCACCCUCAUGCCACCCCAGAUGUAUACACUUUCUUUCUUCUGCCGAACACAAAGAUUUUUAGAAAAAUAUUUCAGCUUUGUUGGUCCACACAAUGCAAGUGAAUGGUGACUAGAAUUUUGAAGGUCCAAAAAGCACAUAAAGUCAGCAUAAAAGUAAUCCAUAAGACUUCAGUGGUUUAAUCAAUGUCUUCAGAAGUGAUACGAUUGGUGUGGGGAGAAACAGAUCAAUAUUUAAGUUUAAGUAACUUUUUUUACAAUAAAUCUCCACUUCCACAUUUUUUGGCAUUUUGCCCCCUACUGGGCAGGAAGUAAAAAAAUGACAUUUGCAGAAUUGGGGUAAAAAUGUUAAUGGUCCUUCAUUUUCUUAAUGCAAAGUAUAAUUCCUAUUUGUUUCUUUGAUUUUGAAGUAAAUUGGACAAGGACAUUUUCUUGACAGGCUUCGUGAAAAUCACCCAAGUUUUGUGAAAGUAAAUUGGUUUACCAAAGGUCUUAGAUUACAUUCAGCCAUGGUUUACGAUCAUGCUGUCGUUUGUACUUUUUAACUUUCAUUUGAUGUGUUACUGAUUUCAUAACAGCACUUGCUGUUUUCAAUUUAAUCCUGCUAGGAAGCCACAAUAAGAAUGAAGGCCAAUGACUGGGCCGCAUUUAUUAUAGUUUUAUUCUGUUGUGGAUCCAGAGGCAUUCACUUUUGUGGUUGAGCACAUUUCUACAUUGUAAGGUUGGGAUCAUUUUAAAGUGUAAAUAUUAUUUUUAUAGAUCACUUGUUGUGCAGCUGGAUAACAAAAAAGGUCCUUCACGGUAUUAUUUUCUUUCCUUUGAAUCCAUGUUUUUGUGAUGUAGCAGUGUUUGCUGUUUGUACAUGUUAAGAAAUUGAGAGAAAUUAUUUAUUUUUAUACAGUAUCCAUGCAAAUGUUGUCUCUAGAAUUCAUUGAGCAAAAUCAACCAGCCUUUUAAGGAAGGUAGCCAAAUCAAAGCCUGAAAAUACGGCUAAAUUAUUUAAUUGACGUUAUGAGUACUUUAUCAUAUAUUUAGGGCACUGUCAUACAUUCCACGGUGAAUGAUUUUUAUGAAUUGAACAAUUUGAGCCGUCCAAUAAGCCACAUGAAGGACAGUACAUGCAUGUUAAUUGAAUCUGCAUAUUUGAGAAUAAUGCGCUCAGUAUAUUGAUUGUCACUCAACCCAGUGUGUCCAGUGUUUUGACUGUAUUGAACAAUAAAACCGCCUUUGUAACUAGAGGAAAUGUCA